AUGGGCGAUGGCGAGCCCACGCUGCUUUUGCCAGACGAGGAUUGUCCUGCCACCCAGCUGGAUGAGGAGGACGAGACUAAUGACGUAGGACAAGGUGACUAUGGCAAGACUGUUGCGAAGGCUACAGAUUUUCCUUCACCUCCAGCAACGCCAAAGCCGAGGAAGCGCAAGGGGCCGCCAUCGACAGGCCUGGCCGAUACUCCGGACAAGGCUUGCAGACGAUCGCCGAGGCUGCGGGAGCUGCAGGAGCUGCAGGAGCUGCAGGCGCAGCAGGCGCCAGAGCCUGCGCCGGCGCCGCGGAGGCACCAGGCUUCAACGGGCGGCCCGAUCGUCGCAGCACCACCCCUGCGGCCGGUGAUCGCCCUGAGCGGAGUGGAGAUCGAGGCCAACUUGCUGAAUGCGGGCCGCAGACUUGUGGAGUCUCUUGGAGGAGAGAUCACGAACACAUGGACGAUGCAGGCCACACAUUUGGUGGCCUGCCGCUUGCGACGGACGUUCAAAGUCAUGUGCGCUCUAUGUCGCGGUGUGCCGAUUGUCAGGCCUGCCUUCAUCAAGCGCUGUGUGCAAGAAGCACGGGUGCCUGAGGUGAGGAACCAGGACCUACUGCGAGACAUCAUUGGCCAGCAGAUCUUCGCAAAGCGCUUUCUGGGGCGCUCUCAAAGUUACUCUCUUGGAGACGUACUUCAACGGGCCCAAGACGGGCCUUUGCUGGCAAAUUUCUGCGUCUAUGUCCUGCCAGAGGUCACCGCAAUGGAGCGUCCGAAGCUGCGUGCACUCGUGGAAGCCGCCGGUGGCCAGUGGCGGGAGGAGCUGCCAACGGCGGGCUCCACUGGCUCCUUGCUGGUUUUUGCUGAAGCUUCGUCGCCCGCGGCCUCUGUGGCCCAGGCCGCUUCCAAAGCGGCUGGCGUCUACCAGUUGGAGGCACUGCUUUCGGCUGCUUGCACCCAGGACCUACGCUUGCAGGCGUUCCAGAUGCCCGUGCGCCGACCAUCUCGUGCAGCAGAAAAAGUGUAUGUGGUGGGCUGGAGACGUACCUCCGAGGAGCUGAGCUUAGGCUCUUAA